AAACAACAGAAAUAAGUACCAAAGAGAUAAUAGAUGAAAUGUUAAAUCUAAAAAAAAUAACAGAGAAAGAGAUAAACGAGAAAAAGAAAAGUCAAAUAGAGAUAAAUAAAAACGUGAUAAGUGAAAAAGAGAGAAGUGAAAAAGAAAUAUAUGACAAAGAGAUAGACAACAAAUAUAGAGACAAAAAAGCAACAAAUAAAAACGAGAUAACUGAAAACGAGACAAAUAAAAUAGAGGUAGAUGAAAAACAGAUAUAUGAAAAAAUGUUAUAUAAAAUAGAAAUAAAUGAAAAAGAGAUAAUGAAUGAAGAGUUAAAUCAAAAAAAGUUAAAAGAAAAAGAGAUAAACGAGGAAGUGAUAAAUGGAAUAGAGAUAGAUAAAAAAGAGAUAAAUGAAAACGAGAUAAAUAAAAAAGAGAUAAACGAGAAAGAGAUAAACGGAAAAGAGAUAAAUCAAAAAAAGAUAAUCGCUAAAGAGAUACACGAAAAAGAAGUAUAUGAAAAAGAACUAAAUAAAAACAAAAUAGAUCAAAAAGAUGUAAGUGAAAAAGAAUUAAAUGAAGAAGAGAUUAAAGAAAAAGGGAUAAAUGAGGUCGAGAUCAAUGAAAAAAGGAUGAAUAAGAAAGAAAUUAGCGAAAAGAAGUUAAUAAGAGAAGAGCUAAAUGAUAAACAGACAAAUGAUAAAAUAGCAGACGAAGUACAAACUAGGAACAAGAUUAAUGAAAAAAAUUUAAAUAAAGGAGAGUUACAUGUAGAAGGAAUAAAUGAAGAAAUAAAUAAAGAAGAGAUAAAUGAAGAAGUGAUAUAUAGAAAAGAGAUAAAUAUAGAAAACAUAAAUAAAAAGGAGAGAUGUGACAAAAUCACAAAUGAAGAAAAAGCACAUGAAAAUGAGAAAAAUAACAAUAUUGCUGUGAAAAUAUUAAACGAAAGUGAAUUACAUGAAAAAAAGAUAAAUAAAGAA